GCUCGGUCGACUCGCAGAGGCAGCGGCAUGCGGCGGGGUGCAGCCCAGCGAGCGGCGACAGUCAUCCCGUCCCACGACCACCCUGAUGGGCGUUUUUGUCGUGCUUUUGUCGCCCUCGACGCUCGGAUCGCACCGGAAGCGGCGAAAUGAAGCGGAUGAAUCAAACAUCGCCGGAUUGAGCAACUCUUGGAAAACCGGCGACUUGCUUGCACCUGUUCCCGGCGGAAUAAGCACCCUCGGUGGUUAUUCGGUUUUGCAAGCAUCCUCCCAGGGGUGUGCGAAAACGGCCGAUGCUUGCCUUGUUCGUCCGUUCCACCACGCUGGAAGUCGACCCCGAUGUGGCCGUCGGGAGUGGGCAGCCGGCAGCCUUGCCCGCGGGAGUCGGCGCUGCGCAGGGCGGCCAUCAGCGGCAACGUCCUGGCCCUGCCGCCGCACCACGUCCCCAGCGGCCGCAGCGUCCGCGUCUUCAUCUGCGCCAAUCCUGACGACACAGAGGCAGAAAGGAACGCACUGAAAGAGCACGUCUACCCCAAACUACGGGACUUCUGCAGGGAGAACUACGGCAUUGAAUUCCAGGUGGUGGACCUCUACUGGGGCGUGGACCCAGAGGAGUGGGACAGUCCGGAGCUGCAGCGGCUCAGGAUGAAGCUCCUGGAGGAAUGUCUGAAGACGUCAGCGGGACCGUGCUUUGUUGGUUUAGUGGGAGAGAAGUACGGCAGCAUUCGAGUGCCAGGAGAAGUGGAAUCGGCAGAGUUUGAGAUGAUCUUGGACGCUGCAGUGGAAGCAGGGCUGGACACACACAUCUUAGACGAGUGGUACUGCAGGGAUGAAAACUCUGUGCCGCCCGCAUACUACCUCAAACCCAAAGCCCAAAUGCUGAAGAACUACCAGAACUCGAUGGAGUCUAGCAGUGCAGCCAAAACCAAGAACGACAAGGCCUGGAGGAAAGUGUCGGAGGAGAUCAAGCGUAUCUUUCGUACGGCGGUUCUGCGGCUUCAAGAAAAGGGGACAAUGCCGAGCGCUCAGGCCAAGAAAUUCCUUUGCUCCGCCUUGGAAGACGAAUUAGACUUUGCCCUUGGAAAACAAACUCCCGCCUUUCUCAGGAAAUGCGUUUGCUACAUCCGCAAGAUUUCAAACUUCGACCGCUUCGCAAAACUCCCCGAGAUGACCCGCUACAUGGACAUUGUGGUGAGCGGCGACCGCAUCAUGCGCAACCAGGAGGCAUACGAGCGCUUGCUGAAGGUGCGCGACGAGUUCAUACCAACGGUGGUGGCCGCGUCCAACCUCCGUGUUUACUCCUCGGUCACGCACUGUGACAUGAAGCUCGGCUACUCCCAGGAAGUGGAGAGCCACUAUGUGGAGGGACUAUGUAAGCAAUUCUAUGAGGACAUGGUGGAUAUAAUUCAGGCCACAGUCCAGCAGAACUUUGACACAGAGUCUGACCCGCUGUAUGAUGAGAUCUUGCAGCACCUGUCCCUUUGUAAAGCCUACUCAGCGCUGCACGAGUACAAGACCGAGUCCUUGGAUUAUGUGCAGGAGUACCUUUUGCCAUCUAAGGGGGGUAGGAUGAGUCCGCUCGUCGUGCAUGGUGGGCCCUGCACCGGAAAGACAUUACUACUUGCUGAAGUGGCCAAACAGGCCUACGCGUGGCUGCAAAAAGAGAUGGGCCCCGAAACAGAUCCCGUGGUUAUUGUCCGUUUCAUCGGUUCCAGUCAACCUUCCACAGACUUGCGCACCCUUCUCCAGAGCAUCUGCGAACAGAUUGCGAUAAACUACCGCUGCUUGAUUCACUUUUUGCCUAACAAAAUCCAGGAAAUGAGGGAGCUCCUUAUCAACCUGCUGGGAGAAUCCUCCUUCCACAGGCCCUUAGUCAUCAUCCUGGAUGCCCUGGAGCAGCUGUCAGAUGCCGAUGAAGCCCGCAAGCUGUGGUGGCUCCCAAUACAACUCCCUCGGACAGUCCGCAUUGUCGUGUCAACAUUGCCCAAUAAACAUGGAAUCUUGCAGAAGCUCCGGCACGCUGUCCACGAUGAGGACAAUUACGUGGAGUUAGUACAGAGGGACCGCAAGGUCUGCAGCCAGACGUUAAAGCAGCAGUUACUUGGCGUCAAGCGAAAGGUCACCUCGGGUCAACAAAUCUACGUCAACGAGGCUCUGGCAAAGUGUACGUUGCCGAUGUUUGUUAACUUAAUCUACAGAGAGGUGGUGCACUGGAGGUCUCACAAGGAUGUGGAUGAGAAAUCCCUGUGUUCCACGGUACACGAAAGCAUAGAACAGUUAUUCUAUUCGGUCGAGAGCAAGUUGGGCCAACGAUUUGUCUUUCGAGCGUUGGGGUAUAUCACCAUGGCCAAAGCGGGGUUAACUGAGAUUGAGCUGGAGGACAUUCUUUCCCUGGACAACAUCGUCCUCGGUGACGUUAUUGUGGUAUCAUACCUUAAAAAUCCCUUAAGAAUUUCUUGUGACUUGGUAGCACGGCUCAAGGAAGAGCUGGAAGGUUACCUGGUGGAACGCCAGGUGCGUAACGUCACCCUGAUGGUCUGGGCCAACAGGCAUUUGCAUCUCAUUGCCCAGAAGCUGUACCUGAGCAACGAGGAAGACGUCCAUCAAAUGCACAGCCUUCUGGCGGAGUACUUCCUGGGGGCGUGGUCAGGGGGCCGUAAGAAGAUCUUCACUUAUGACAACAAUCAUUUUACGUCCCAAAACAUAUCGCACCACAAAAAUCCCCACCAUCAACAAUCCCAUGAGAAAACCUCAUCUGACAAGUACUCGUAUGACAGGCAAACGCCGGAGCAGCCUUGGGUCUUCCAGUGCAACCUUCUGGAGCCCGACAUUUUCUUUGUCAACCACAGGAAGAUGACAGAGCUGGUGUUCCACCUCACGAGAAGUGGCCGUACCGAUGACCUCAUGUUUGGCGUCAUCAUGAACUUCAGCUGGCUGUACACAAUGAUCAAGAUCGGACAGUUUGAAAAGGCUUUAAAUGACAUCGAAUUGGCCUACAGCUACACCCAAGAAAAAGAGCUGAAGUUUCUAUCCACCACGCUCCGCAGCAUCAAGGUCAAGGUGUUGAAAAACCCGGCAUCGCUUUCUGCAGAACUGCAGCAAAGGCUGCUGCCAGUGGUCACCUCCCUGCCCAAACUCAGACACCUCCUCCUGGAGUGCGACAAGGACGGCCCCAAGUACUGCUCCAUCGUGCCUCUUCACUCCUCAAUGGAUGUCACCUACAGUCCAGAGAGACUGCCUUUGAGUUCCAGUUACAUGCAUAUCGUGGAGAUCUUGCCCACGCUAGCACCGAACAUCGUACUCGUAGCCCUGGAAGAUGGCUCGGUCAGCACGUGGGACGUCGAGAGCAGACAACUGCUACGGCAGAUCGACACGGCGAGAUCGGUCGUGCUGGGAAUCAGGCUAACCGCCGACGAGAAAUAUUUAGUUGUGGCCACCACUAAAAACACGCUCCUGAUCUACGAUAAUCAUAAAUCCUGCCUUUUGUCGGAGGUUGAAAUCAAGGGCUCCAAACACGCCGGCGUCACCGGCGGGGUGGCCUUUAUCAACGGCUUUACUCUGUCAACUCACCACGCUUUAGCCUGGCUCGAGGCCAGUAAAGACGUCAACGUCAUUGACCUACUCUACGGCUGGCCUCUCUAUCAGUUCCAUUGCUGGUACGAGGUGACUUGCGUCCAGUGCUCACCAGAUGGAAUGUAUGCCUUCUGCGGACAGUACCUCAACACCGCAUCCAUCUUUCAUCUGGGGAAUGGCGACAAGUUGGCCACCGUGACCUCGGAGUUUUCGGGGGGCUUUGUCAAGUCCAUUCUGGUCCUCGACACGAUCAACCAAAUGGUGAUGAUCGACAACGAGGGGAGUCUGUCCGUAUGGAACACCAAAGAGAUCACCAACCCGCGUCUGAUGGAGGACUACGACUGCAGAGGUGAUGACAGCGAAGUGGUGAGUAUCGAGCUUUCGGAAGACCAGCGCUCAAUUCUGCUUUGCAAGGCCAGAAGCAUUGAGGUUCUGGAUACGAAGGUAUGGAAAAUGGUGGAGAAGUUCAAAGCAAAACGGAGUGAGCGCUUUGUAGCCGCGGUUCUUUCCAAGAACGGGCAAAGUAUCGUGGCCUCCAUGGAGAACACCUCUUCCAUCUUUGUGUGGAGGAGGGACAGCGGGCAAUGCAUGGCCAGCCUGAUCGAGAUUUCGGGGGCCAUCGUCAAACUCAUCAAGUCGGUCCACCACAACCUGCUGCUUUCCGUUGCCAGCAGCGGAGUGCUGUCCGUCUGGGACAUCGACAUCAUCACCGCAAUGUCCAACAUUGACAAAACGGGCAAGAAGAUCCAGACCUUGCAGCUGUCUGGCAGAGAGGAUUACGUGUUUACCAUGGAUGGUUCGGAAGCGGUCCACAAGUGGAACUUCAGCACCGGGUUUAUCGAAACGGUCUUCAAGCACGAGGGCACGGUGGAGAACUGUGUGCUAACCUCCUCGGGGGAUCUAAUGGUAACAUCCGACGACAAGUGCAGUCAAUACAUCUGGCAAACCAACAGCGGGGAGAACAUUUUCCGCAUCAACGGACAGCGAAUAUGCCAGCUGCUGAUCACCCACAACGACCAGUUUGUCGUUUCGCUCUGCGAACAAAACGCCUCGAGAGUCUGGAGACUGGCCACCGGACACAAAGUGUGCAACAUCUUGGUCACCCUCCAGAACGCUCUGAUCACCACGGCCAACACCUUUCUGGUGGGCACCUCCAAAAACAAGCUCCUGGCCGUCAGCUUGUGGUCGGGCAGCGUGUCCAAGAAGUUUGUGUGCGACGACGGCAUCACCAUCGUCAACUUCAAACUCAUUCCCGACUGCCCCGACUGCGUCGUUUUCAUCACGUCCACAGAGACGGUCUUCAUCUGGAGCGUGGCAGACGAGGCCGUCUGCAGGCGCGUCCAGCUGCCAGCCAACUUCCUGAAAAAUCUCGAGGACUUCCAGAUCUCGCCCAACGGCAAGCAAGGAAUUGUGUCCAAAGGCGACGAGAAUAUCAACGUGCUGGACCUCCACAGCGGCAAGCUGAGACUCGUCCAUGCCGCCGGCAUCAUCUGGCGUCAGAAAUUAUCCCGGGACGGCCGUUACCUGGUGUACGUCUGCUUCCGUAACUGCGACGAGGACGACGAUGCCGGCGUGGUGUCCAAUCUGAUUGUGAUGCGACUCGCCGACGGCAAGAGUAUCGGAACGUGCUCCUUAUACAAGACACCCACUUUCCUUUCACUCUGCCAGAGAGCCCUCAACAUCAUCAUUGGCUUCGAGGACGGCAGCAUUGGCACAUACACCGUGGUGGACCGCGUGGACGCCGCGCUCAAGAUCAAGAUCGCCACGUCCAACAGCCGACAGAUUGUCAACAACGCUUCGCAGAAGGUCCGUCCCAAAUGCGGCAAUCAUUCCUUCAAGACCAUCGCUGACUGCAUUUGGAGGGAAUCGACGGAGGUUUUCUCCAGGGACAGCCCGAUCAAUGUGUCUGACUCCGGCGAAGGUGAGUCGACUACGCCGACAAAAAAGACAGAGCUGCUGCAGUGAAAAAAAAAAAACAGGAAGAGCGGAGAUGUGUGACGAGGUUUCGACUCUCCGGAGGGUUGUAGUUAACUCUUGUUUACAGCCACGUGAUUCAGCUGCAAAUGUCAGGCGUCUGACUAUCUAUCCCAUCUAGUCGUCGUCUGUUUUUCGUUUGUUUUCCAUUCUCAGAAUCAUCAACACAAGACGUGAAGAAAUUCAAUGAGUUGCGAUUUUGGCCUUUCUGUGUCCUUUUAGCAUUUGAAGAACAAAUGAUUUCAGUGUCUUUGCGACGGAGCACCGUCAAAGCCAUUCUGCUCAUCUCUGUCGCUCUUAUUGUCCGAUGGGUUAAAUUUACGGACAUUAUGCCAUUGCGUUCUACAGCAAGAGAACAUUUUUAUUUUCUUUACAUCAGUUGGCACACACACACACACACACACACACACACACACACACGUCUCUUUUUGGCUGCUGCAAUUUGUGCAACUCUUUAAUAUGUUAAGUUGUGCUUCAUGCAAUCAAAGCGAGUGCCUGGAAUUUCUAAAUGUCUUUAUGUGCAGGCUACAAGAUUUAUGAGACAAAAAUAAGCAGGGAAUUUGUAAACACAGGAUAAGUAUAAACACACACACAUUAAAAAAAAAAAAAGCGAGCCGCAGGUUGCAUUGCUCUUCGUAACAACAGUUGGGGAUCGUUUAACUGUGAAUUUGCAGUUGCGGUCAUGUGUGAGCUGUUGCGUUUUCAAGCGGAAGCAUCAACUUUGGAGAAAUUCAGUGUAGCAUAGCACCAUACAAAGUCACGCCUUAAUCAGUGUACUUGCUUUUGGGUCUCGUGGAGUUCAAGUGUUGACGUAGAAAAGGACAAGUGACAGUAAGUCGUCCCUGUUGUUUCGCGGAAACAAUUUGGCCUUGUGCAUAUGUAUUUACAGUAGCGGUUUUAGACACAAGGUAGAAGCACUUUAUUGAUGGUUUGCAAGAAAUAAGUAGAUUUAUUCCGAUGUGCAGCAUGGUAUUCGAUUUAUUUAUUUAUGGAGGUGAUCUAGCGUUGUCUUAACACAAUUUUUAAACAGAACUUGCCUACAUAUACAAAGAGGAUGUCCAGGUAACAUUUGGGUGUUUGAAAUGAAAGAUAUAGUCAUUUCACGUGUGCUCGUUACUGUCGUUGUUAGUCGUAGUACAAGAAUACACAUGAUAAUUGACUCGCAGAGUGUCCUUUCGAUCACCGUUGCACAACCGCAGUUUUUAGGAGCGCCUCCACGACAAAAGCGAGCUCACAGAAAGCACACUGGGUGACAACAGAACGACGUGGCUCCGGUUGCAAGUGGCGUCGUCAUGUUGACACAUGACAAGUAUGAAGUAAAGCCACACACACUCUCUCCUCACCUCGACCGACUUCUCACAAAAAGGGCUAUUCUAGUACAUCGACUCAUUUUCAGCCGUUAAGAUGAUGGCCCUCGGAUCCUUUUAAGCAAGGUAGCGGGAUCAAGCUUUAAAAGAAUUCCCCCCAUAAGAGUUUAUAAAUAUUAAAAAAAAAAAAAGAAAAGGGGAGGUUGGGAGAAAAGGAAAAAAAAAACAAAAUAUGUAAUUGCCAAAGUUUGUUCAUUUUGUUCAACGAGGCUUGAAAUGUAAUUAUAUUGUUGCCAAAUUGUUUCAGUGUUGGACUGUGAUUUAGUUUACGAUCAAGAAGGUGUGCUCUCUCUGGUCUUUCAAAGAAAAAAAGAAGAAAAAAAAAGAUUUAAAAGAGUCCUGCCCGAAUAUAUUGGAAUGCCAAUUUAAGCGUAUAUUUGAAUGUGGCCAUAUGGACGCCCGUAAAUGGUAUUAACUGUCUGUUAAAGUAACUUGAAUGGCUUUUAAUAAGUUCUACGUUUGCAACUCAUAGUUGACAUACUGGUGAUGAAUGUUUCUAUGGUAUUUAUUUGUAUUGUCGGGAUUGAUUACCUGUUUAGAGAUUUAUAUUUUCAUAAAUGUUGUACUUUGUUACCGAGAUGUUCGCUGCAACUCAAGCAGAAAAGAAACGUAUGUUCGAAGCAAUAUGAAACUAGCGUGUAUGCAUUGUUUGUAUGGGACAUUUUAAUGAAAUAAAACGGAUGACCUUUU